AUGGAAAGAUUUAAUGAACAUAUUGGAGCUGUGAAUAGUUGCCAUAAUGAUGCUAGAAUACAGUUUGAAAGUUUUCAAGAUCAAAGGCAUAGUGUGUCAAAUGUGCUACGAUCUUGUGGGCGCGAAAUAGAUAUUGCAUAUCGCACCCGUUUAACUGCUGCUCUGGAUGUGACCCGCUUUCUUUUGAAGCAAGGAUUGGCUUUUCGUGGAAAUGAUGAGUCAACUAGUUCUUCAAAUAGAGGCAAUUUUCUUGAAUUGUUUGAGUGGUAUAGCCAGCGAAAUACUGAGAUUUUUGAGGUUGUAAAUCAAAAUGCUCCUGCAAAUAAUCAACUAACUUCUCCAAUGAUUCAAAAAGAUCUGGCACAUGCUUGUGCCUCAGAGAUCACAAGUGUUAUAAUCAAUGAUAUUGGAGACAAUUAUUUUUCCCUAAUAGUUGAUGAGUCUCGAGACAGUUCAGUGAAAGAACAAAUGGGAGUUGUUUUGAGAUAUGUGAACAAAGAAGGGCGUGUGAUUGAACGUUUCCUUGCAAUUGUACAUGUGUCUGACACCACAUCUCUUUGUUUGAAAGAUGCAAUUGAUUCUUUAUUCGCGCAACACGGAUUAUCAUUAUCCAAAUUGAGAGGUCAAGGAUAUGAUGGAGCUUCAAAUAUGCGAGUUAUUGUUGCUGUUGCUAAGGGAAAUAUCAUUGUCAGUGAAUUCUUUGUCUAUGUCUCUAUGAUUGUCAAUUUAACUGGAGCAUCAUGUAAAAGGAGAGAUCAAUUAAGACAAAUAGAACAUGAUAAGAUUGUUACACUUUUAGACAGUGGAGAUAUUAUUAGUGGAAAAGGCAAAAAUCAAGAAACUAGUUUAGCAAGACCAGGGGAUACUCGUUGGGGAUCACACUAUCUAACAUUACUUCGUCUAUCCUCUAUGUGGGCUUCGGUGAUUGGAAUAUUGGGAAAUAUACAAGAUGAUGCCACCACUUCUGACAAUAGAGGUAUGGCCAGGGGUUUGAUUGAUAGAAUGAAUGAUUAUGAGUUUGUUUUUGCAUUGCACCUGAUGAAGUAUUUAUUGGGAAUCACAAAUGACUUGUCACUUGUUUUGCAACAAAGGGAUCAAAAUAUUGUCCAAGCCAUGAGUUUGAUUGAUACUAUGAAAUCUCAAUUGCAAGACUUUAGGGAAGAGGGAUGGCAAAUAAUUUUAGAUGAAGUCAACAAUUUUUGUGAGUUGAAUAUGAUUCCCGUGAUUGAUAUGGAAGACAGUAUAGCAAUCCGUGGCAAUGCCAGGCGCAGUCGCAGAGGUCAAACCAUCACUAAUUUUCAUCAUUAUCGCGUGGAAAUUUUUUGUGAGGUUGUUGAUUUAAUUAUACAAGAGAUGAAUAAUCGUUUCUCGGAAGUUAGCACGGAAUUGCUUAGUUGCAUAGCAUGUCUUGAUCCAAAAAGUUCUUUCUCUCAAUUCAAUGUGCAGAAACUACUCCGUCUUGCUGAUUUAUAUCCUGAAGACUUCUCAAGUAACGAUUAUUUAUAUCUUGAGUCUCAACUUCGAAAUUAUAUUUAUAAUGUGCAACGCGAUCCUCAAUUUUCAGAAGUUGGAGAUUUGGGAAGUCUUGCUCAACAAAUGGUUAAAACUGGUAAAAAUACAGUUUUUCCAUUGGUUUAUCGUCUGAUCCAGUUGGCAUUAGUUCUACCAGUUGCGACUGCUUCUGUUGAAAGAGUAUUUUCUGCAAUGAAUAUUGUCAAGACUGAUUUGCGCAACAAAAUGGGAGACGAGUGGAUGAAUGACUGUCUGGUUGUAUACAUCGAGAAGGAUAUUUUUGCAACAAUUGAAAAUGAGCAAAUAUUGCAGCGUUUUCAACGGAUGAAGACUCGCAGAAUGCAAUUGCCUCCUCUUCGUUAUUCGAGUACAACAAUUAUCAAUACUUCAAGUGUUAAUCAAUAA